CUGGUACGAGGAGCAGUCGCCGCCGCUGCCGCCUCAGCCCUGCGGCUGGAACCCCUCCCUCACCCGGGGACUCCCUGACCCCGGGAACCCAGCUCAGAAAAUCUGGACACGUCUCUUCCGGUCAGGUGAAGUCAGUCAGCCUUACAGGACUUGGUCUCCAGAGGCUCCUAGAAGAGAAGUAGGCAGCCCUCCCUGAAAUAGCUUGGCUCCUCGGUUUAACCUCUCCAACCUGGCGCCCCCUUCCCACCCCCUCCCCCUGUCCCCCCUCUCCCUCCCCCACUCCCCCUACUGAACUGGGUGCAGAACAAAGCUCUCCCCUUCCUGUACCCUUGGGGACCUCACUGGCCAGGCCCUAGUUCCUCUUACUCUGAGCCCAAAGAUACCGGACCACAUUUCAUCUGGGGAGGGGGUCUUCUUGACCCCACAAGUCGUUGAGUAAAAGUCUGAAAAAGAGGCAGCGAGGGAGGGUAGAUCAAGCGAGGUGCGCCCAAGCCCCAUCAUGGAAGAAGGCUUCCGAGACCGGGCAGCGUUCAUCCGUGGGGCCAAAGACAUCGCCAAGGAAGUCAAGAAGCACGCGGCCAAGAAAGUGGUGAAGGGCCUGGACAGGGUCCAGGAUGAGUAUUCGCGAAGGUCUUACUCCCGAUUCGAGGAGGAAGAUGAUGACGAUGACUUCCCGGCCCCUGCUGAUGGCUAUUACCGCGGAGAAGGGGCCCAGGAUGAGGAGGAAGGCGGCGCUUCCAGCGAUGCCACGGAGGGCCACGACGAGGAUGACGAGAUCUACGAGGGAGAAUAUCAGGGCAUUCCCCGGGCAGAGUCUGGGGGCAAAGGCGAACGGAUGGCAGAUGGGGCACCCCUGGCUGGAGUGAGAGGGGGCUUGAGUGAUGGGGAGGGUCCUCCUGGGGGCCGGGGGGAGGCGCAGCGGCGGAAAGAUCGGGAAGAAUUGGCUCAGCAGUAUGAGACCAUCCUCCGGGAGUGUGGUCAUGGCCGCUUCCAGUGGACACUCUACUUCGUACUGGGUCUGGCGCUGAUGGCCGAUGGUGUGGAGGUCUUUGUCGUGGGCUUUGUACUGCCCAGUGCUGAGAAAGAUAUGUGCCUGUCUGACUCCAACAAAGGCAUGCUAGGCCUCAUUGUGUACCUGGGCAUGAUGGUGGGAGCCUUCCUCUGGGGAGGCCUGGCUGACCGGCUGGGUCGGAGACAGUGUCUGCUCAUCUCGCUCUCAGUCAACAGCGUCUUCGCCUUCUUCUCGUCUUUCGUCCAGGGUUAUGGCACUUUCCUCUUCUGUCGCCUCCUCUCUGGGGUUGGGAUUGGCGGUUCCAUCCCCAUUGUCUUCUCGUAUUUCUCGGAGUUCCUGGCCCAGGAGAAACGGGGGGAACAUUUGAGCUGGCUCUGUAUGUUCUGGAUGAUCGGUGGGGUGUACGCAGCUGCAAUGGCCUGGGCCAUCAUUCCCCACUAUGGGUGGAGUUUCCAGAUGGGCUCAGCUUACCAGUUCCACAGCUGGAGGGUCUUUGUCCUCGUGUGUGCCUUUCCCUCGGUGUUUGCCAUCGGGGCUCUGACCACGCAGCCAGAGAGUCCCCGCUUCUUCCUGGAGAAUGGGAAGCAUGACGAGGCCUGGAUGGUGCUGAAGCAGGUUCAUGACACCAACAUGCGAGCCAAGGGCCAUCCCGAGCGAGUCUUCUCAGUAACACACAUUAAAACGAUUCAUCAGGAGGAUGAAUUGAUUGAGAUCCAGUCUGAUACAGGGACCUGGUACCAGCGCUGGGGAGUCCGGGCUUUGAGCCUGGGGGGUCAGGUUUGGGGGAAUUUCCUCUCCUGCUUCAGUCCGGAGUAUCGGCGCAUCACUCUAAUGAUGAUGGGUGUAUGGUUCACCAUGUCGUUCAGCUACUACGGUCUGACUGUCUGGUUCCCCGACAUGAUCCGCCAUCUCCAGGCUGUGGACUAUGCAGCACGGACCAAAGUGUUCCCCGGGGAGCGCGUAGAGCACGUGACAUUUAACUUCACGCUGGAAAACCAGAUCCACCGAGGCGGGCAAUACUUCAAUGACAAGUUCAUCGGGCUGCGUCUGAAGUCAGUGUCCUUCGAGGACUCCCUGUUUGAGGAGUGUUACUUCGAAGACGUCACGUCCAGCAACACGUUCUUCCGUAACUGCACGUUCAUCAACACCGUGUUCUAUAACACUGACCUGUUUAAGUACAAGUUUGUGAACAGCCGUCUGGUGAACAGUACGUUCCUGCACAAUAAGGAAGGGUGCCCACUAGACGUGACAGGGACGGGCGAGGGGGCCUACAUGGUGUACUUCGUCAGCUUCUUGGGGACACUGGCUGUGCUUCCUGGAAACAUCGUGUCUGCCCUGCUCAUGGACAAGAUUGGCAGGCUCAGGAUGCUUGCUGGUUCCAGUGUGAUGUCCUGUGUCUCCUGCUUCUUCCUGUCCUUCGGGAACAGCGAGUCAGCCAUGAUCGCUCUGCUCUGCCUUUUUGGGGGGGUCAGCAUUGCAUCCUGGAACGCGCUGGACGUGCUGACUGUCGAACUCUACCCCUCGGACAAGAGGACCACGGCCUUUGGCUUCCUGAAUGCUCUGUGCAAGCUGGCUGCAGUGCUGGGGAUCAGCAUCUUCACCUCCUUUGUGGGAAUCACCAAGGCUGCUCCUAUUCUCUUUGCCUCGGCUGCUCUUGCCCUUGGAAGCUCUCUGGCCCUGAAACUGCCUGAGACCCGGGGGCAGGUGCUGCAGUGAGGAGGGUCUCGGGGCUCUAGGGGUGGCAGGCACACUGUGAGACCAAUAAUUCCUUUUCUCCCUCCCCUGCCCUGCCGUCCUGACCCUCACUCCCCUGUGUUUGGUGUCUUAGCUGUGUGUGCCUGUGUGCAUGUGUGUGACCCCGACGGGCAGGGUCUACAGGGAAGGUCCCCUCAUCCCACGUUUGGGAUGAGGCACUCCCCACCUGCUGCCACCCCUCAACUUUGCACAGGAGAAGGUUGAGCUGCACCCUUCUCUCCCCCAGUGUUCGUGGGGGGCCCUUGUUUCCCUGAUCCGGGGGUUCCAGAACUUCUGCCUCCCCUUCAUUCCCUCUGCCUAGGCCCUGGUGAACCACAGGUAUGGAGUUAUGUUGGGGGCUGAGGCUUGGACCAAAAGAACUUCUUGAAUGGGAAGGGCCUUGGGUGCCCUCUAACCUCCCAAGGAUGCUGGGGAGUAGCAAUAAACCUCAGCCCUCUGGCCUCCAUUUUCACCUCACUGCAGGCUACAGAUAUGAAGCCUGGAUUUUAUGGAAUUAGUUUUCUGAUUCUUAUUUAUAUAUAAGUUCUGAGGCAGCUUAGCAGGACUGUGUGUGUAUGUGUGUGUGUGUAUGUGUGUGUGUGUGCCAUGGGGCAGGGGUACCACUAUACUGCUCAAAUCUAAGCCCAGGGUAGUAGUUUCAGUGAAUACACACACAACAUUGUUUUUAUUACCUCCCAGAAUCUUCCAUGUUGGAGCUGGGAGGGAGAAGCCAGGCUGGGAUGAUAGUCCUGCAAUCUAGGGAGACCUGGGGGCACCUGACAAGGCCUCACUCUCCUUCCUCCUCCAGAGAGGUUCCACCCACUAGCCACAGCCCUCCCACCUGACCUGAUCUCACAGGCAGGAACCGGAGGAAAAAGGGAAAGAACCAGGCAUAAGGUCAAACCAGCAGAUCCAAAAGCACAAGGAGUUGGGGCAGGGGCAGGAAGCAGGGGUCCUCCUCAGCCCUUCUCAAAGAGGCUGGGCAGUGAGGGACCCCCAAUGCAGGGACCAGAAGCCUCAGUUUCCCCAUCUCGCUGUCCACAGAACAGCCUCUGUAGGUAGAGCUGCCCCCGUCCUACCCUACUGUGUGGCUGCUUUCUUUGGUACUCUCCCCCGACUCCCUCCGUAGCUGUGAUGUGUUGUAGUUUUUAGCUGUUUGUAAAAUGUUAAAAAGUUAAAAGGAAGUUAAAAAUAACCACACAAAAAAAGAAAAUUCCAAAUUCACCCUUCUCGCGCUUCGUCCGGUGCCCUCGACCCUAAGGCCAUUCCCUGAUUUUGUAACACUGAACCAGGUGGUGACUGUGUAACUCUGGUGUCUGUGCUCAAAGGACUGCCUUCUCCUCCAGUGCCCAGUGUGCGAGUGUGUACCCCUCCUCACCAUUCCGUGGCUGGACGUAGCCCUCUCCCUUACAUCCCCGGGGGAGACACAUCCACUUCCUUGUCUCCUUGGGAACCCUAAACCUGAUUCAUUGAUGUGAAAAAUGAAAUGAAAAAUACUGCUGAAAAAUAAAGGGUACCAAUCCUUAGAAUUCAAA